GUGCAUGUCAUAUGAUAAAACAUUUGUCUUCUUUACCAACCCAUCAAUCUUGCUCGGUCACAGGGUUGGAAGGUGGAUGAAUAUUGGCAAGUUGUUUGAUAUGGAAUUAAGGUAGGGUCUUCUUGAAGCCAAAAAGAGUGCAAAGAAUAUCGUCCUCACAUCCAAUGUCCGGUCCGUUAAGAACAGAAGAAGAAGGCGGAGGAGAAAGGGAAAUGCAUGACAUCAACACUUCUUCGCACGGGACAGCAAAUAGCAGUACUACCGAAGCAAAUCAAUGGGAGGGAAAUGAUAUAAAUGCACAAAGGCAAGAUGAUCUAUCGCCUGGCAAUACACAGCCGCCUGCUGCGAAAAAGACAAAAAUGACGCAUGAAUCCGAUUCAGCCUCUUCAGCCGUUCUGGCUGUAGAAGAAGAUCAUCGUUCACCUUCUUCUUCUGUACCACCACCAUCUUCGUCUACUUCUAGAGCUGCAACUCCGACUGUUACGCCAAGCACGAAAAAGAAGACAAAAAGGCAAAGCGCCCCAAACACAGUAAAGAAAGUUCGAAAGACAAACACAGCUAAUAAGAGAGCAAAGACUGAACGACAAGAUUCGAUUGUAGCAACACCUGAGCCAGAUCUGACCGUCGCUCCAACAGCAGAAGAAGAAUCUGAUACAAAGCUAUACUGUAUCUGUCGAUCUCUUUACGAUGAAGAAAGAAUGAUGAUCGCGUGUGAUCGAUGUGAUGAUUGGUAUCAUACAAUUUGUAUGAAAAUGAAAGACGAACAAGCAGAAUUGGUGGACGUUUUCAUUUGUCCAAAUUGUGAAAGAUCAACAGAAAAAAGGACGACUUGGAAACCUAAAUGUAUUCGAAACGAAUGUACUCAUGCAGCUCUGCGUCCUCUUUCAAGGUAUUGUAGCGAACGAUGUGGAAUUAUUGUUGCCUCUCAAAAGAUCAAAGCUGUCAAUGGGACGGGAUCAGCAAAUGUGAAUGGGAACGAAGUGAGCAAAGCAGCUAGCAGAAGCACAGCUUACGAAAAGUCUUUAGCAGAAAAGAUGCUCAAAUUACCGCGCAUAGCCUCAGCAAAGAGGCGGGAAGGCAUUGUGAUCUGGACAACAGAGCAAAAUGAUGCUCGUUCGAAUUGGUUAAGAUCUCUGCUAGGUGAAAGUGUUGCAGAAUCAAUUGCAUCACUCGUCAAAACAGAGAGUAAUGGGACAGCAUCCACACUGACUUCUGUGGAUUUGGAAGAACAACGAUCGAUCAUCUUACCGCAAAUAGAGGAGAUCGUACGUUUGAACGCACAGCUACAACGGAUUCAAGCAAAACGUGACGCGGUAAAUGGAGGUCUUGACGUAUUGGCAUCCCGGACAAAGUUCUUCCAUCUGGCCGAAGAUCGUGCUUCUACCUUGGAACCAAUUCGAGGAGAAGAAAUUGAGAGCUCGACAGCAAAGACGAACAAGAAAGGUGGAAAAGCAAAGAAAUCCACAAAAUCAUCUGCAACGAAUGCUGAAAGCAAUGGUACAGCUGCUAAUCGUGGUCAGCCAAGGUGUGGAUAUGAUGAACGAUUGCAUUGGGAAGAUGAACGGUUCCAGAAUUGGUCGGCAAGCACAGCCGGGAAGGAAAUCCUGAGCGAAGAAAAGCCUUUGGAUGGCAGAAUCGACGAAGGCGAAGAGGUGGAAGGUGCGGACAUUGUACCUUCAAUCUGCGGAUAUUCGAAACGAAAGUGUAAGAGACACGCGGAUUGGAGUAUCGUUCGUGGAGCGGAAUUCGACAUUGAUCGAGAAAAACAAAUGCAAACUUUGUCAAAUUUAUCUCAAGAAGUUCAAGAGAUUGAAGAUCGAUUAAAGGUACUCAAGAUUACACUCAAACAAUCUUUACUCGAUGAAGAUGAUCGUCGUAAACAAGUCGAUGAACGUUUGGCAAGAUCUUUGGCCAAGGAGGGUUCGCGAAGAGCGGCGAUCGUUCAAUAAAGAGGGGAGAUGCUCCUUACUUUGUAUAAUAGUCACACAUCCUGUAUUAAAACAACGCAUUGAAAGAACGAUAUACCUUCUCGCAUUCGUGAAUUGCACGUUAGACGAGGCAAGAUUAAAUUUACAUGGCAAAGGAAAGCAUUACGAGAUUCGAGGUAAUAAAAUAGUAAAAGAAUAUCUUUACUGGAUCUCUAUGCAUGAUCGUGA